GUCUGCAGUCAUUCUUUGUCCUUAAAUCGUUAAAUAUGGCAGUAACUUUAAAAUUCGUAUUCUGUUGACUUCUAGGUAUUCUUAGCGCUCAGCAAUGCGCAGUUUCCCGCUGACAUAGUGUCACAAGAUCCAUUUCAACAACCGCCAUUUUACCGUGAGCCCUUCAACGGUAUUCUCUCAAACCAUCUUACUGUUCCUGGAAAUUCUCUUGGUUUUCCUGAUGGAAUACAGUCUAGAAACAGUCCGGAACAAACACGUAGAGCAAACUACAAGCGUGGCUACGGUUCUCGUGUAAAGCGGUCAGCAGAUGACUCUCGGCAGUUUCAGAUGGACUUCUCGGCCCUGCAAGAUUCUAAGUACCUUAGACUGGACUAUGAUCGAAUAAGAGUUAAACGACAAACUCCGGUUAUUCAAAGUUGGGAUUUUCAUCCGUCUUCAAUGGCACGAAGAAGGAUAGCAGACAGGCUUUCACCAACAAAUCAUGAUACAAACGGACAACUCACCUCGUCACAAAGGUCCUCGACGGAAAUUGCAAACAAACAAAACAAUAAAUCCAGUAACAACGGUUUGGCACCAGUUGUUUCAGGCAAUAGUCUGCUUACAGCAACACAGACAGGGACUGCAGUAAACAAUCAAAAUACACAACCAUCAGAUGUUAAUAAACAUAUUCCAUUCGCUCACUUCAGUGCAAUCCUACAACAAAAUAAUCUCGGCUUAGAACCCCAAGAUACUCAGGUUUCAACAAAUUUUGCUAUUGGUACAACAAGCAGAAAUGUUGGACAAGGUAAAAAACAAGGCAAUCAAAAAGGCACUUUAUCAAAAUCGAACAAGAAGAACGGUAGCGUAGUUCAAAGAAAUGUAAAGAGUAAUACGUCACCAUCCGGAACAACUGGACCAGGAUAUAUAAACAAUGUCCCUCAGGCACAAGGAGCUCAAGAGUUACAGCUUGACUUUACCUCGGCAGCGGCUGCAUUACUAAAUGGUGACAUUAGUUUAAACUCCCUAGCAUCCAAACUGAGUAGUUUUGCUGGUACGCCGUCCGUUAGCGCGACAGAAAAGGGCGCUAGUGUCAAGCAAGCAGCAUCAAAUCAGGCACAAAAACCUAAAGGCAGCAACAAAAUGCUACAAGAUAUUCGAAUGUUAAGUAACAUGAUAGACAAAACGACUAAAAUUCUUCAGCAACAGCGUGACAAAAAGAAAGGCAAGAACCUGCAACGGUUUAAUUCGGAAAUCAAACCCAGUGUAUCAAGUACAGAAAAAGCCAGACCACAAAAAAGAAGAAAACCCAAUCUUAAAUCGCAGCAAGGCCAGACAUUAACAGCCAAAGAGAAACGUCCACAACCGUAUCAGCAACAAAUGUCAAAAGCAAAACCACGAGCAUCGCGGUUCACGAAAGCUCCUCAACGAAAUAAGUUAGACCCUUUGCCAAGCCGAAGGCAGAUGCAGCUUAAUCCAAAUCAGCAGCAGUUGCAGCAACAAAUGUUGAAUACUCAGUUUCAACCGGAACAAGCAUUUAAGUCAAUACAACAAAAUCAGCAACAGUUGCAGCAACAGAUGAUGAACACUAUAUCUCAACCGGCACAAGAACCAGCGUCAGUCCACCAAAAUCAGCAACAGUUGCAGCAACAGAUGCUGAACACUAUAUCUCAACCGGCCCCAGCACAAGCUUCAGCCCAGCAAAAUCAGCAACAGUUGCAGCAACAGAUGCUGAACACUAUAUCUCAACCGGCACCAGAACCAGCGUCAUUCCAGCAAAAUCAGCAACAGUUGCAGCAACAGAUGCUGAACACUAUAUCUCAACUGGCCCAAGCACAAGCGACAGUUCAGCAAAAUCAGCAACAGUUGCAGCAACAGAUGCUGAACACUAUAUCUCAACCGGCACCAGAACCAGCGUCAGUCCAGCAAAAUCAGCAACAGUUGCAGCAACAGAUGCUGAACGCUAUAUCUCAACCGGCCCCAGCACAAGCGUCAGACCAGCGAAAUCAGCAACAGUUGCAGCAACAGAUGCUGAACGCUAUAUCUCAACCGGCCCCAGCACAAGCGUCAGCCCAACAAAAUCAGCAACAGUCGCAGCAACAGAUGCUGAACGCUAUAUCUAAACCGGCACCAGCACCAGUGUCAGCCCAGCAAAAUCAGCAACUGUUGCAGCAUCAAAUGUUGAAUACUUUAUCUCAACCGACACCAGCACAGGCGUCAGUCCAGCAAAAUCAGCAACAGUUGCAGCAACAUAUGCAACAACAGAUGCUGAACACUAUAUCUCAAUCGGCCCCAGCACAAGCGUCAGCCCAGCAAAAUCAGCAACUGUUGCAGCAGAAAAUGUUGAAUACUUUAUCUCAACCGGCAUUAGCACAGGCGUCAGUCCAGCAAAAUCAGCAACAGUUGCAGCAACAGAUGGUGAACACUCUAUCACACCCGGCACCGGCACAAGCGUCAGUCCAGCAAAAUCAGCAACAGUUGCAGCAACAGAUUCUGAACACACAAUUUCAACCGACAGCGGCACAAGCGUCAGUCCAGCAAAAUCAGCAACAGUUACAGCAUCAGAUGCUGAACACUCAAUCUCAACCGGCACCAGCACAUGCGUCAGUCAAGCAAAAUCAACAACAGUUGCAGCAACAGAUGCUGAACACUCUGUCACAACCGGCACCGGCACAAGCUUCAGUCCAGCAAAAUCAGCAACAGUUGCAGCAACAAAUGCUGAACACACAAUCUCAACCGGCACUAGCACAUGCGUCAGUCCAGCAAAAUCAACAACAACUGCAGCAACAGAUGCUGAACACUCUAUCACAACCGGCACCGGCACAAGCCUCAGUCCAGCAAAAUCAGCAACAGUUGCAGCAACAGAUGCUGAACACUCUGUCACAACCGGCACCGGCACAAGCGUCAGUCCAGCAAAAUCAGCAACAGUCGCAACAACAGAUGCUGAACACACUGUCACAACCGGCACCGGCACAAGCGUCAGUCCAGCAAAAUCAGCAACAGUUGCAUCAGCAGAUGCUGAACACUCUGUCACAACCGGCACCGGCACAAGCGUCAGUCCAGCAAAAUCAGCCACAGCUGCAGCAACAGAUACUGAACACUCUACCUCAACCGGCACCGGCACAAGCAUCAGUCCAGCAAAAUCAGCAACAGUCGCAGCAACAGAUACUGAACACUAUAUCUCAACCGGCACCAGAACCAGCGUCAGUCAAGCAAAAUCAGCAACAGUCGCAACAACAGAUGCUAAACACUCUGUCACACCCGGCACCGGCACAAGCGUCAGUCCAGCAGAAUCAGCAACAGAUGCUGAACACUAUGUCUGAACCAGCACAAACGUCGGUUCAGCAAAAUCAGCAACAGUUGCAGCGACAAGUGUUGAAUGCUCAGUCUCAACCGGCACCAGCAUCAGCGUCAAAGCAACAAAAUCAGAAACAGUUGCAGCAACAGAUGUCGAACACUCAGUCCCAACCGGCACCUGCACCAACCUUAGUACAACAAAACCAACACAAAAAGCAACAACAAAUGUUGAAAUCUCAAUUCCAACUCGCUCCACGAACACCAAACGAAAUACAACAAAAUCAGCGUCGGUUCCAGGACCAUAUGUUGAAUAUUCAACCCCAGCCAUCAUCAGCACCAACGUCAAUGCAAAAUAAUCAGCAACAGUUCCAGCAACAAGUGUUGAAUUCCCACUCCCAGCCCGCACUAGCACCAACUUCAAUACAACACAACCGCCAACAAUUGCAACAGCAGAUGCACAAUUUACAAGCCAAACCAACACUAGCGCCAACAUCGAUACGACAAAACAAACAUAUAUCACAACAACAAAACAUGUUCCUCGCUACACCAGGGCCACAAGCAGCUGCACCAGUGCAACAAAAUCAACAAAAAUUACAGACAAAUGUGCUAAAUGCUCAAUCAGUACCAGUAUCGUUGCAACAAAAUGAACAAAAUGUUUUACACCCUCGUUCAGGAAGUAACAUCGCAUCGCAGUCUCCAAGAACACAACAACGUCGGUCGCAACAAAAGAAAUCAACUCGACAAGAAAAAUCAAAAUCAAUGCACAGACCACGUAAAGGCUUUAACAGAAAUCAUGGUGUCCAAGGCAUUCCGUUGAACAUAAAUGGUCCUAUGUUAUCUAGUUUUGGUCAAGCUCCAUUCAAACAACCAAGAGCGCAUGAACAAAAUAUUCAGGAUCAGCCUCAAACUACAACAGCUUCAUCUAGAAAUCGGCAGCAAAGAAGAAACAGACAUCAGCAGGACAGACGUAUUUCUAAUCCAGUCAGACAACACACAACCGUAUCACCAGACAACACAUUUGUUCAAUAUACCGGUGAUGCGUCGGCUAACACUGUUGUUGGAAACCCACUUAAGCCUGUAAGUUUGUGGAACCCGUCACCCGACGCACCCUCUGGGAGUCCAGUGGUAAGGAAUUGGAGAAACCCGACACAGAAAACACAGAGACGACCAAAUACGUCUGAAAAUGUAUCCCCUUUAACGAAUAUAAGUGGUGGGAAUCCUUCAUCUAAUUCGAAGACACACGUCUCAGUUAAAGGCGGAAAUUAUGUCAAGAAUUGGUUUAAUCCUAGAAGGUUCAAUAACCCUCUGGGUGCAAAUCAAGCGUCCGCACCAGUGGAUAGACGAAAUAAUAUAAGCAACAACAAUCAAAACGCUCCUGGUCAAAUGCCCUCCAGUUCAGGACGACGCUUCGUCAGCUCCCAGAAUAACAACACUAAAAAUGAAAAUACUGCAAAAUCUACACUUCAGUCGUCAGUUCGAGAAAAGAAAAUAUAUCACAACGUUAUUCAAACCAGAAAGGAGGGUCAGAGAAACUCUGGUAGAAGGCAUCAUGUGCGAUCAAGACCAUUUAUUUCUCAACAGAGCAGAAAUGGACGACGGCCUGGGGUUGUAAAACGACCAAUUGAAAAUGUGCGGUCCUCCCAAAGUUCGAAGUUACCAAAUGAACAGACGAAACGUCCAGUUUCUGUUAAACAUAGGCCAUCAGGGAGAAGACAUUUCAGAAAGAAUGGAAGACCAUCUGAGAAUACAGCAUCCAUUGUUUCUACAACUGCUGUUUAUCCAGCAACGCUUGGCCCAACCCAUCGUCAAGGAAACAAUGGGUUUGAUACUUUAGUCCACGGUCCUCGUCCUACAAGAGCUCCACUAGGAACCACAGCAACAUAUUUGCGAGGGAACGUGUGGAAACUAUGGAAUCAGCCAUCGUCGAAUUUUUCAGGAACUACGUCCACGUACCCAAAAGGCAGUGCAUGGAACCAACCAACCUCAAUGCCGCCAAACUUUCAAAGACCAGCGGAAGCCCCUCUGUUAUCUCCACGAACCUUAAACUUCAGCGUGAAAUCGAAUAGAAAAGACGUUACCAACAAGACGGUUAACACGUCUACCAAAAAUGAUACUAGUAUUAGUAAAAAUAGAACUAUCUCCAUCAAACAAGAGGUACAAAAACCACAGAAUGCAAUACAAAGAAGUCAUGCGCAUGCGCCAAUAAACUUCAAUAUAUUUUUGGAUUUACCGAAGCCCACACCGAAACCAAAACCAAAGUCGUCAAACACAGCCGAUGUAUUGAGACUGCUACAAGCACUCAAAACCUUAAGAGGAACAAUGGGUCCUCCAACAACUUUCCUUCCACCGGUAAAGUUUGUUCUUCAAGUGGAACCUGUUGACAAGAAACCAGCGAAACUUAACUGCCGGUGUUUCCCAAAAGCUGAUGGUUGCCCGUCGGAGCUUAAAGAGGAACCAUUAAUGGACAUGUGUGAUGUAAAAGAAACUAUUCCGUGUUGCGAGGACGGUUAAAAUGAUAUUUUAAAACUAUUUAGUACUAUAAGAACUUGAAUUUGGACUUUCUAGCUUCCUUAACCUAUAGCCUGCUAACUUUCUAAAAUGGACUGCUCUAUCAUUCAACUGGUGCAGUACCAUUUAUUAUUAUUCGAAAGGGUGUUUACGGAAAAUUUACUGACUGAAUAGCGAACAGUGCUGACGAUGAUCAGCCUGCACAUCCGUGCAUGCUGAUCUUGGUCUGUACUGGUCGCAAAGGCAGAAUCACUUCCUGCCAGCAGGCUAAAUGUUAAACCCUAUAUCGUUAGAUAAAUUUAUGCCAGAUAUUGUGUCAAAUUUCUAGGAGAUCGGGCUGCAGAUUAG